UGGGCAGAGCGACGAUAUUUGAUGGAUAGGGACAGACCACAACGUUCCAGGGACAAAGAGACAGUGAUAGAUAAGGUGAGAGAGAUGAGAGAGAUGAUGAAGGGAAUGGCCAGACAGAUGGCCAAUAUCGAGAUGAAGGCAGGAGCAACUACAUAUCGGGACAAGCCUCGGUCCCCCUUUUCUUUGCGCUGGGAGCGUAGGAACACUGACUCGUGGAGGAGCAUCGAGGAGAGGAACCCUCGCACGCUGACAGACUAUCACGCGAGAGAGACAGACGACGAUGCUUGGCGGCGUAGAGAUAACGACAUUGACAGAGAUCGCCGAGGUGAAGGGUAUCGUGGAACAAACGCUUACAACCGAGGAGGAAGACUGAAACAAUAUCAACGCAGUCCCAGAUAUGGAGGGAACAUGGACGGGUACCGGAGCCCAGACAAUUUUAACUCGAGGGACAGAGAUGACUUCCGCGACAGAUGGGAAUCAGACAGGGACCGUCGUGAUGGAUAUCGUGGUGGAUACGAGAGGACAAAGCAAGGUGGAGGUCGUCGGGAUGACUCACGCGAUCGAGGAGGAUACACUGCGUCGCCUGGGUACCCAAAGUCUCCUAACUAUCCGACUUCUCCGGGGCCGUCCACCCAAGAUGUUAGACCUGCGAGAGGACCAGCUAUUAGGGGCACGGACGAGAGACCCCCUACUCCAAGGAAUUCCUACAUCUAUUGUAGGGAAGAUGAUCACGUGAAGAGGGAUUGUCCUGACCUCAGGCGGGCAAUAGAUGAAGGACUCGUCGUACUCGAUGAUCGCAAGUACGUCAAGUGGGCUGAUGACCUCGGAGAUGUAUCGAUGUUCCCUUCGAUGAAGGAGAACGUUGAAGCCAGGCGUGUACGACCAAGUAAGGGUAAGGAAGUGGCGACGAGCCAGAGUGUGCGAUUGAGUUUGCCUUCAGAUGACGGAACGCCGACGACACCUAUACGGGUAGCGGCGACUAAGUCCGCAAGGGUAUCGUCCUCUAAGAAGACUGACACUGAUUAUGUGAUGGCAGAGAAGGAUGGGCAGAGGAUUGAAGGAAAGGAAGUCAUACUCACGUCGCGCAAGCGCAGGGCCCGAAAGUUUACUAUGAAGAGUACAUUGGACGAUAUCGAUACAGUUGAGCCUCUCAGGCGCACGCUUAGGCAACCAAUGCAGUGCACGAUACUUGAGUAUUUGGCGGCUUCGAGACCUGCGCGAGAUGAGCUACAGAUCAUCACGAGCAAGACGAGCAUUCCUCUGGGGGACGAAGUCCAGAUGACUUUCAAACCAGAGGUACCCUCUGUGGCAUUGUCGGGAGUGUGCGCAAAGGCAGAACGCGCAGCAACAGUGUAUUUAGAUGGAAUAAAAGGUGUGCCUCCUAACAAGUUUUACAUUCUAGGGAGUGGGACAGUAGAGACUAUUCUCAAUAAUGAGGUAGUCCUCCAUGCCGUGAUUGAUAAUGGUAGCGAAGUUGUCAUCAUAGAUGAGGAGCUCGCGGUGCGAUUAGGGCUGGACCUCGACAGGUCUUACGUAUUCAAGAUAGAGACUGCUGAUGGAAGAAAACAGAAGAUGUCCGGGGUCUGCCACAAGGCCGCGAUUGAGGUCGAAGGGUUGCGUGUGAGCCACGAGAUCCGAGAAACAGAGCGGCUCUAGCAGCGGGGGGCCGCAAGCCGGUUACGCUCGCUAGUCGCU